AUGAAGAAGAGCGCAUUCCGAUUGCACCAUUGCUGGCUCAUUCUUAAGGACGCGCCGAAAUGGAGCGUUGCCAUGGAGCCACAGGAAGCUGGCUCAGAGCCAGCUUCGGUGACAUUGGCACCGGUCUCGGCUAUGGCCUCGGACAUCCGAGGUAUGCGGGUGUCCAAAUCCACGAAAGCUGGAUGCAGGAGCGGCUUGAACCAAAUCAAGAAGUGGAUUCUCGCUCAUGGGACUCCGGACAUGUUCACAUCCAUCGGCAGCAUCGACUUGACUGUGUUCACAGUGUCGAACCAUCGGUACCCAUUCCAUUCGGAAGGGUGUUGCGACGUUUGCGUGUUUUGGCAGCACAAGUGGACCAUCUAUGGCAAGUGUGUGUUUGCGUUGUGGCUGGACUUUGGGCCAUGUGUUGGAACGAUACGUGCACUAUGA